AUAAAAUAAAAAAUCCCAGUAAAAUGAAGCACCAACAAGUAAAUGUAGACUACUGGUCGAUGGGCAAAGCCAUGCUGAUGUACGGUGCGCUAACAGCACUGUGCUGGCUGAUGCUACGUCUCUUCAACACGGUGUUCACAUUACCCCGCAGGUUGAGGUCGCAGCAGGAAAACAUACAAAACACGCUGCAGGAGCUCCAGAAACGCUUUCCAGACCUAGACAUAACUGAAGAAGACUUGUUAAACGCUGACAAAGAACUGGAGAAGCUCCUGAAGGAAGACGAAGAUGAAAAAACAAAGGAAAAUAGCGUACCCAAAAUACAAGAACCGCCCAGCGAGGAAGACAAAAAGUCCAUUUAA